AUGGCCACAAAUCUUGCAUCAUAUGCCUCUGCAGAUGAAGACUACAUAGACCUGGAACUAAGCUCUUCUUCCCCACCAGCCACAGAGUUUGAGUUCCAAAUGUCUUUCACUAGCAAUGAGCAAGAAACCACCACAUCCCCAGCUGAUGAACUCCUCUACAAAGGCAAACUCCUGCCCCUCCACCUCCCCCUACGCCUCCGAAUGGUCGAAAACCUCCAAAACUCCACCACCGACGCCCCCGUCACCUCGACAUUUGACAUUACCGGAGAACCCUUUGAAGAAGAUUACUACUACUCCAUGCCAUUCAUCACUUUCUCCGCAGCAUCUUGCACCAACUUUACUAACACUCCUUUAGAUUCUUGUGACAUUUCUCCAUCAGAAUCUUGCAGAGUGAGUUCUGAGCUAAACCCUGACGACAACUUCUUUGAAUGGUCCUCAGAAUUAAGCAGUUUCAUCAAAAGUCACCCAGCAAACAAGUCCUGGUCCAAGAAGCUGAAGCUGAUUAAGCAUACAAUUCUUGCUCAGAAGCUGAAAGCUUCAAGGGCUUAUCUGAAAUCUCUGUUCAGGAAGUCUGUCUGCUCGAACGAGCUCUGCACCAAGGCAGAUUGCAAUGCAGUAGCUGCAAACUUGUCGAAAGCCGAGGCCCAUAUUUCAAGAGCUUCGUGUCCAAAAUUAGCUACUAUCGUGAAGGAUGUAGAGGGGAUUGAGGACAAAGUCCAGAGGAGGUCGUUUUCUGGGGCGAUUAAGCGACGCUCUCCUAUCAAGUGCUUGUCCUCAUCUUCGUCGAAUUGUUCAUCUGCUGCUCCAUCAUCAUCAUCAUCGUCUUUCUCAUUUAGUUCGAAUCGUUUUUAUGAGUUACAGUUUCUUAGGAGCAGCACCAGUGCCCCUGAGAUUGAGGUUUCAAUUGAUGCAGCCAUUGCUCAUUGCAAGAAGUCUCAGCAGAUCUUUCAUUUAAGAAAUUCAGAGCAAGGUCUUUGUAGCAUUUAA